CUUCAUCUCUCGCCGCUGUCGUCGCCGCCGCGCCGUAUCUGCAGCUUCCCGCACCGUAUCCUGCGGAAGAAGUUUCUAACGGGCUACAUCCCACCACCGCACGAUGUCGGCAGCGGCGCGAGUGCUGCCGAAGGCGGUGACCUUCGUGACGGGCAACGCCAAGAAGCUGGAGGAGGUCCGCGCCAUCCUCGGGUCUUCCGUCCCAUUCCAGUCGCUCAAGCUCGACCUGCCUGAACUGCAAGGGGAGCCAGAGUACAUAUCCAAAGAGAAAGCACGAAUCGCUGCAUCUCAGGUGAAUGGGCCUGUACUGGUGGAGGACACCUGCCUAUGUUUUAAUGCGCUCAAAGGCCUACCAGGACCCUACAUAAAGUGGUUUCUUGAGAAGAUUGGGCAUGAAGGUUUAAAUAAUCUGUUAAAAGCUUAUGAAGAUAAAUCAGCGUUUGCUAUGUGCAUCUUCUCUCUUGCUCUUGGACCUGGAGAGGAACCAAUCACAUUUGUUGGCAAAACUGCGGGAAAGAUCGUGCCUGCUAGAGGCCCUAAUUAUUUUGGGUGGGAUCCUGUGUUCCAGCCAGAUGGUUUUGAACAAACAUAUGCUGAGAUGCCCAAGUCAGUGAAGAACAACAUAUCUCACAGAGGGAAAGCUCUUGCUCUGGUGAAAGAACACUUCGCAUCUGCUAGCUAUACAGUUCAGAGCAACGACUCAACUUAAAGUUUGACUUGGAUUCCUAGACGAAUGAACUGUCAUUCUGGAAUGUAAACUGAACUACUACUUUUAGUCCGGUGCCUAUUAUACUUGCGAGUUGCGACA